GUGAACUGUUUCCGAAUGGUAUGAAAAAAGAUGGUAUCUGACAUCAAAGAUAUAAGCACAGACUACUUUAAAUUACCAAAUUAUUAUUUUUUUACCAUCAAAUGACACAUUGUUUCUGAAUGGUAUGAUUCAAGAUGGUAUCGUGCAUCAAAGGAUUUAUAUAAAUGGAUACAAUGAAUUCCAGCAGUGGCAAUGAAACAACCAACACAACUGGUUUUAACUGGAUUAAGAGGGAAGAAGAAGUGGCCAGACUCCUGUCUCCCAUUGUUGCGUAUAUCUCCGUUCUCAUGACUUCCGGUGUGAUUGGCAAUUCUCUCGUAUGUUACGUCUGUUACCGGAAAUGGAAAGAAAGGAAAAUCAAAUACUUCAUCGGUUUUCUUGCAACUUUUGAUUUGCUCACGUGCUGCAUUUGUAUGCCGAUAGAAAUAGUUAUGCUACGACAACCUCUUUUGAUUGAUAAUGAUAUUCUUUGCAAACUAGAGCGAGGGUCACGUGCGGUGACAUCUUUAGCUGCCGGAGGAAUGCUUGUCAUUAUUGCUAUUGAUAGGUAUAUUAGUAUAUGCAAGCACACACGCACGCGCAUACAACCCUCACAAGCACGACGGUUAUGCGUGGUUUCCGUAGUAUUGGCAUUGAUAUUUUCAUGGCCAGCAUUUAUUUUAUUUGGCAUGAGAAGUCCCGAUAAGCAAGUGAUUGCAGAAACGCAAUGCUCAACGUUAAAUGAUUAUGAUAAUACGCCAUAUCCGGUCAUAUACUAUGGGAUUAUAUUUGUUCUGUUUUUCGGCAUAACGAUAUCGCUUGUAUUGUUUUACACUUUGAUUUGGUUAAGAAUUUUACGACUCCCGAAUCUGACGUCAUCAGCAAUGUCAACUGCAAAGAGACAGUCCGGAUCUGAAAGUGCUGAAUUAACCGCUUCUAAUUUUCAAAAUACUUUAAACUUUGACCCAGCAAAUAAGUCAACGAAUGGAUCAUUAGAUGGGACGUGUAUACUUUCUCUUAAACAAACAGAAGAUAAUGGGAAGACAAGAAGGAAUACGUUGGACAGAAGACGACACAGGUCAAAUUUAGAUGAAAGCGAUUCUUGCGAUUUUUCGACCGAUAUUUCGAGAAGUAAUUCCAUAGAUCAGAAAAGUAGGAAACAAAAUUGUCCUGUUUCUGCCAAUAACAAUGAAAAGGGAGAUACAGAGGUCAUGCGACCAAGAACAAAUACACAGGAAAGUCGAAGUAAACGUUUUAUUAGGAAAUCAUCGUUCUUAGGUUCAAUAAGUAUGUCAAGUAAUGGUUCCACACGAUCUAACAGAAACAUGGUGCGCAGACGCCGAAUGACAAUAGCUAUGUUUGUGAUAACAAUUGUUCAAAUUUUCAGUUUUCUUCCGUUUAUUGUGUUGCUCAUUUGCAAAAGAUUCAUUCCGGAGUUUCUGCUUUCGCUUAACUCACCUACUCAAGUUGCAUAUAAUAUCGGUAUAUUAUCACACUUUAUCAGUAGUGGAGUAAAUCCGUUUGUGUACGGGUUUUGUAGUAAAAUAUUUCGGCGGGAAUUUAAGAAAGUGUUCUGUAAAAAGUUAUAACAUUACUCCACUUGCCGACUGAUUCAUUCGCGAACUUAAUAUUUUCCUGAAUAUGCAUGACAUCUUUUUCUCUCGAUUGAAUUCGAAAUAAAGAACAAAUGAUGAAUAUGCCCAAAUUGUAUAUGAAGCGUUAUUAAUAUUGACUUUAGCUCUUUCAAUCUUCGCGCAGUUCGGACAAAAAUUUAGAAAAAGUCAGUGCCUAAUAACAAUAACACAAAUAUAGCUGGAUUUAGAGCAAUGCAGACGAUAUACACCUGGCAUCAAACACACAUACUCUCUGAACAAAAGUUUGUCAAAUAUCUUUUUUUCUCUCCCGAAUUUCCAUAGAAUGAAACAUAUUUUAUGGGAUGAUGUUAGCUUUUGUACAAACCAGAGUCUUUCAAAUAUACAUAACUUACAUGUAUGCUAGUUUUUUUUAAUAAAUAUGCAGACAUA